UAAUCUUAAGUGCGACGUAACUGAGAGCGGACUUGUCAAAUAUAACUUUUUAUAUUCACUCUGUUACUCUUAAAUCUAAAAACGAUACUUUGAUGAAACAAAAAUUCACAGUUUAGUACCACGUUUAAACACAGUUAAUUAUGAAAAGUACCAAAAUAGGAAAAUAGCUUUUCCGAUGAAUACUUGCAAUUAACUUGAGUACAUUUCGAGAUGAUUCGAAGUGGAGGAUAUAAGAGGCCGACGACCGUUCUUGUGUUGCAUCAUUAAGUUUCAAUCGUUCAAAGAAGCGGCACCCAUCUUCUGUGUAAACGUGUUAUUCGUCAGCAAAAAAUUCUGUGUUUAAUAAAGUUUUAUAUUUCUACGUAAUUAAAAUGCGUGAGUGUAUAUCUAUUCAUGUCGGUCAAGCUGGCGUCCAAAUUGGAAACGCUUGUUGGGAACUUUAUUGUUUGGAACAUGGAAUACAACCGGAUGGACAAAUGCCAUCAGAUAAGUUUGUUGGCGAUGAUAGCUUUAGCACUUUCUUCAGUGAAACCAGCUCCGGAAAACAUGUGCCCAGAGCAGUAUUUGUUGAUUUGGAACCUACAGUAGUUGACGAGGUUCGAACUGGGACGUACAAGCAUCUUUUCCAUCCAGAACAAUUGAUCACUGGCAAGGAAGAUGCAGCAAAUAAUUAUGCUCGUGGUCAUUAUACAAUUGGUAAAGAAAUUGUCGACCUGGUUAUCGAUCGAAUUCGUAAAUUAGCGGAUCAAUGUACCGGAUUACAGGGAUUUCUUAUCUUUCAUUCGUUCGGUGGUGGUACUGGAUCAGGAUUUGCUUCCCUAUUAAUGGAGCGUCUUUCUGUUGACUACGGAAAGAAAUCUAAAUUAGAAUUUGCGAUAUAUCCAGCUCCGAGAAUUUCCACGGCAGUUGUUGAACCAUACAAUUCCAUUCUUACCACUCAUACGACUCUCGAGCAUUCAGACUGCGCUUUUAUGGUCGACAACGAAGCGAUCUACGAUAUCUGUCAACGUAAUCUGGAUAUCGAGAGACCAACUUACACUAAUCUUAAUCGGUUAAUCGGACAGAUUGUUUCUUCCAUAACAGCUUCGUUGCGAUUUGAUGGUGCUUUAAACGUAGACUUAACCGAGUUUCAAACGAAUUUAGUUCCUUAUCCAAGAAUCCACUUCCCUUUAGUUACGUAUGCUCCUGUAAUAUCCGCCGAAAAAGCACAUCACGAGCAACUCUCGGUCGCGGAAAUCACCAACGCAUGCUUCGAGCCAGCGAAUCAAAUGGUCAAAUGCGAUCCCAGGCACGGAAAAUACAUGGCUUGUUGCAUGUUGUACAGAGGAGACGUGGUUCCAAAGGACGUAAAUGCUGCAAUCGCUAUUAUUAAAACGAAACGAACGAUACAGUUUGUCGAUUGGUGCCCGACAGGAUUCAAAGUUGGUAUAAAUUAUCAGCCACCAACAGCUGUACCAGGUGGAGAUCUAGCUAAAGUUCAACGCGCUGUUUGUAUGUUAUCUAAUACAACAGCUAUUGCUGAAGCUUGGGCUCGUCUUGAUCAUAAAUUCGACCUUAUGUACGCUAAAAGAGCUUUUGUUCAUUGGUACGUUGGAGAAGGCAUGGAAGAGGGUGAGUUUUCCGAAGCUCGUGAGGAUCUUGCAGCUCUUGAGAAGGAUUACGAAGAGGUUGGGCUAGAUUCGGUUGACGUAGAAACAGAUAAUGCCGACGAAUACUGAAUACUUAUUUUUCUCAUACCUUUAGUCCUUUGGUCUAUUCUUCGCUAAUUUUCUCGUUUCACCACUUAACUCUGAUUUUCGCGCUUUUCCUCAUCUUUUUUAAAACUUCUACUGCCGAGAAAUCUUGUCAGGAACAGAUAUUUUUUAUCUUAACAUAUAUAGUUAAUAAAUUGAUAUUGUAAAGUAUAAUGAUGUAUCAUAAAAAGAGAAGAUUGAAAAAUAGUAUGUAAAUGUGACACAUAACGUACUUACAUACAAUAGCUUAAAUAGAGGCGGCACAAGAAGGGAUAAGGCAUAUUUGGAAUAAAGAAAUUGAAGAUGAAAAUUAUAACACGA